GAACACAGAGCCACCUCCUGUAAGGGACGAGGGGUGUACGCGAGAGAAAAGAGCGGCUUAGCUGGACCGAGGGGAGGUGGGUGGGGCUGAUGCCUGAGACAGUCGGUUCCAGGUCCUGUCACUCCGCUCCGGAACGCAGCCUGCUGGCGGCACCUCUAGCUUUUCGUAUGCAAACGAAGGUUUCCCUUAGCUGGGCGGGGCUGAGCUCCUGCCCGGAGGGAUUCGGUUCCUAGGGGCUUCAAGCUUCAGUUGCGAACGUGCGGUGGGAAAGCCGUCCGAUUCCAGCGGUUCCCGGAGGAUGGACCAGACUCGGCAGCACCGGGGACCCACGACUUGAGAACUGGGGAGCGCGAGCCCGCAUCUGUUCGGGAGAAGCCGUCGAAUCUGGAGGAGCCAGGUCCGCCUCUCGCUCCUGGGCUUUCAGAACUGUGGUCACUUCUCGGUCUCCGGUGAUAAUUCUUCCCACCUGGGACUGGAAAUAAUGAACCUAUGUAUGAAAUGUUUCGCUUUCACUGCGCUCAGCGUGGUGAUUUUUGUGGUUUUUUAUCACAGCCAGCUAAGCCUGCCCAACCUCUACCAGCGGUUCAAUAGCUCCAGCGAAAGGACGUCUGUCAUCGCCUGUGAUUACGGCUUGCAAAAUCAUUCGGUCUUCGUGCCGGGGAUCACAUCACCACAUCCUUUAGAAAAACUCUCCUGCUCUCAGUACCAGAUCCAGAGCCACUAUAUUACCAGUCCCUUGUCCGAAGAAGAAGCUGACUUUCCCUUGGCCUACGUCAUGGUGAUCUACAAAGACUUCGACACCUUUGAGAGGCUCUUCAGGGCCAUUUACAUGCCCCAGAACGUCUACUGUGUGCACGUGGACAGUAAGGCGACAGAGACCUUCAAAGAAGCGGUGAGGCAUUUACUGAGCUGUUUCCCCAAUGCCUUCCUGGCCUCUAGGAUGGGCGGGUGGUCUAUGGUGGUUUCUCCGGCCCAGGCUGACCUGAACUGCAUGAGAGAUCUGGUGGCUUCCAAAGUCCCCUGGAAAUACGUCAUCAACACCUGCGGGCAGGACUUCCCUCUGAAAACCAACAAAGAAAUAGUUCAGUACCUGAAAGGGUUUAAGGGGAAAAACCUCACUCCGGGGGUGCUCCCUCCUGAGCAUGUAAUUAGCCGGACUAAAUACGUAUACCAGGAACGUAAAGGCAGAGGCGGAUAUUUUAUGCAAAACACAAAUACUUUGAAGACUCCGCCUCCCCACAAACUGGUCAUCUACUUUGGAACCGCCUACGUGGCCCUCACCCGAGACUUUGUCAACUUUAUCCUGAAUGACAAAAGGGCCAUUGAUCUCUUAGAGUGGUCUAAAGAUACCUAUAGCCCGGAUGAACAUUUUUGGGUGACACUCAAUAGGAUUCCAGGAGUCCCUGGCGCCAUGCCCAAUGCAUCCUGGACAGGUAACCUCAGAGCUGUGAAGUGGAAGGAUAUGGAAUCGCAGAAUGGAGCCUGCCACGGUCACUACGUACAUGACAUCUGCAUCUAUGGAAACGGAGACUUGCAGUGGCUGAUUAAUUCGCAGAGCCUGUUUGCUAACAAGUUUGAAGUCAACACAUAUCCUCUCACUGUGGAAUGCCUGGAACUGAGGCUUCGAGAAAGAACGCUCAAUCAGAGUGACAUUGCCUUACAGCCCAGCUGGCAUUUCUGAUCCACAGCCGCUCUGGCCUGAACGGAAAUUGAAGACGCAAGGAAGAGCUUUCUUUUCCGAGAGACUCUUGUCUUGGUUAUGCUGAAGGCUUAAAAAAAUGGUUUCAGGAAACCAUCAGGACCUGGCAGCACGGCUCUGCUUAAAAUAUCCAUCGGGCACUGGGACACAUUUGUCAGGAUGGCUGUGUUAUUUCUUUUGAGUGUCUUUUGUUUUCUCCUCCACCUCUCCUUCCUCCUCUCUUCUUUUUUAAAAGAUAGGUAGGGUCUUGCUAUAUAUCUCAGGUAGCCCAGGAUGGCCUUGAACUCACUAAUCACUCCUCCUACCUUGGCCUCCUAAGGGUUGCUAUUACAAGUGUGUACAACCACACCCAGCUCUGAUGUCUGACAGUCACUUGAUGUGCAUCUGCCUCUCAGGCUGCAUUAGAGCUCCGUGCCAGAUACUCAUAUUAACAUAUCCGGUUAGAAAGGAGAAUGGUGGGUAAUACUGUCUAAGAAAGUCAAAACUUAUUUGAAAAGGAAGCUCUUUCUAUAUUCCUAGCAACUAUAUUCUCAGGCACACAUAGGCACAGAGACAGCUUUCUAGUAACUCACCAAGGCCAUUUAUUACCAACACUGAUCCUGAAAAGCUGUACGGUGCCCAAGCAUUUGACUGACACUUGUGCGUCUCCAGCAUCGCUAACAGGUCUCGUGAACACCAACGUUUUCAGUUUUCUUGUGUCUGAAGUUCUGCGUACAGUACAAAGCCAUUAACAAGGGACCUACAGCAUGUGCCGUAAGACGGGAUGUGGCUGCAGGAAGAGGACCUCAGGGAUGCCGGACAUUUCCGUGUUCUAUUCCAGAAUGUUCUCUUUGGCCAGAGAACACUGGAACAUCCUCACGGGAAUGAAGGAAUUCUUUCUUUCCUACAGGAAAGGUGCUACUGCAUGGGUCUGGAACCUGUGAAAGACUUGCUUCUGCGGCUUCGUUUCUAUAUGAGAGAUGGGGACCGGGUUCUGUUGUGCACAGCUUUAAAUAUAUCAGGGCAGCCUCCAGCUUGUAAUGAUUGGUACUGACAAGAGCACCUAAGAGCUUUUUAUGACAGGUGGACAUCUGUGUCAUUUUUCCUUGUUCAUCCUUCCAUCCAUCCAUCCAUCCAUCCAUCCAUCCAUCCAUCCAUCCAUCCAUCCGCCAGCCUGCAUUCAGCAAACACCUCUUGAAUAUCUGUGGCCCUCCAGACAUAUGCUGACAGACGUGAGGGAAGCAAGACAGAUACUUUCUCCACUGUAGAACUCUGGGGAGUGGUAUCAGCUUUUGAAACCCUGCUCUAGAGUCUUACAAAAUGGCUACACUUUGCACAGACCCUGGCCUGGCUAUAUAUUACAUCAGGCCAUAGAGAUCAGCAGCGUGUUGAUUGAUAGACUAAUCCAGAGACAAGGAGGAAAUGGAAGGUAGGGCCUCUCAUGCCCCCACAGUUCCUCCUUGUCUCGUUUUAUUCACACACCCGUGCCCGCCCCUCUCGUGGGUUCCGUGAGUACCUGCGUCUUGCAGAUGACGUAACAAGCCUUAGGAUGGUUCGUGAUCAUUAGGAAGCAAACUCUUAAGAAUUC